CUUCAAUCGCAUUUUGUUCGUCGUUCAAGUCGGUUGAUUUUAGAAAGUGACUGAGAAAAUAACGCGUUUUUAUCUGCUACUUUGUGUAAUUUGAACACUUAUUCCAACAGAAACCAUUUGCCAUGGCUUCCGGUGCGGCACCAGUUAUCUGCGGCAACUGCUCCGAGGUUUCCCUGGCUGAUUCGAUUGCGCUGUGCGCCGAAUGUGACAAAUCAUGCUGCAGCAAAUGCUACCGGGAACCGAACGAAUCCGUUUCGUUGUUUAGCACUCCCUACAUUCUGUGCCUGGGCUGCUUCAGGAACCGUCGCCAACAGGAGGGAAUCCUGAGCUGCUCGCUGCACCCCGAACGAAUGCUGGAGCUUUAUUGCAUAACUUGCGAGCAACAGAUUUGCUGCGACUGCUUUAUCCUGCUCCCGGAACACAAAAGGCACACGAUCGAUGCCGUUGAGGCCGUUUACCGCCAGAAGUUGCUGGAAACGGUGGAGAAGUUUAGCAAGAUUCCCCAGCGCUUGAAGCUGAUCGAUUGGGACGCCAUUCGUCAGGUGGACGAGAACCUGAGGAUAGUGCAGGACGUGGAGCAGCAAAUUCUGGAUGAGAUUAAUCAGCUGAUCGGGAACCGUACGGCAGCGAUGCUGAACAAAACGGCCGAGAAGAAACGGGUACUGAUCGGAAUCAAGGAAUAUGUGGCCCAGAUGGAUGUGCAGAAUCGGCAAACUUUGCUGCAGAUUCGGGGGCUGAAUACGAACGAUUUCCUCCGGCAGCAGGAAGUGCUGAACGAAAGGUGCGAACGGAUUCUGAAAGAUGUCGAGCAGCUGCAGGUCCAAUCGGUAACGUGGGAGGACAUUCAAUGUGAUCUCAUACCGGCCUGUAAACUGGAAUCGAUCGUACUCAAUGUACCAUCAGAUAGCGAUCAGACCAGCAAAAGAAUUCCCUUCCAACUGAUGGACGACUGCGGGAUACAGUGGAUAACUGUGUGCCAUAUUCGAGCCAUGUCCAUAAUCCUUGAAAUGUAUCCCGGCACAAUGGUGGGGGAUUUCAAUUUCCGGGCCGUCGUGGAAAUAUCUCAUUUGAACCAGAUGAAAGUGACGCAGAAAAUAUUUCCAUUCCGUGAAAAGCUCCCUCUGACAGAGCUCAUUUCGUUGAAUGAGCUUCAAAACGGCGGAUUUCUCUCCAAAACGGGCGACAUACGAUUAAAGAUUGGCAUCCGCUCGGAAAGUAUAGUCGAAGAGAAUAAUCUGCUCAAGAAGCUAUUGUUCGAUCAGCGGAAGGCAGUUGGCCAUUCGCAAAUGGAACUGGCCGCUUUGAAGGACCAGAAUUUCAUUCAGCAGGGCGAUAAGCUACGCUUAAAUUGUGAGCUGAAACGUUUGAAAGAAAUCCAUGACGAACAGGUGAUGCUCAUGAGGAGGGAAAUAAAAGAGUUGAAACAAAUGGCGGACGCAAGACCGAGUUCUCCGGCCAGUUCCGUCAGCGUUCCACCAUCGCCGACCGACAUCGAUAAACAGAAGCUGAGCUGUGAUAUGAAAAGACUGCAGGCAAAACUGGAGUCAAUGCGAAUCACGAUGAAAUCAAUGAAUCCUUACGCUAUCGGGAGUUUCGAAAUCUACAGAUGGUCGAAGGAGACCAAGUUCUACUCGCCGCAGUUGGCUUCCUACACUGGCGUGACGAUCUACGUGAUUGUACAGCCAAACUUCUCCGACAACAAUUCGGACGUCAAUGCGUAUAUCUGUUACUCCAAGGGACCAAAAAAUAGGUGCCAAGUUUUCCUGGAAGUCCUGAACGAGUUCGAGGAAAGCAACAUCCGUGAGGAUCGCGUGUUUGACUUUUCCAAGGGAACCAGCUUCACGUGGAAAAGUGUGAUCACGCGCUACGCGUUGACACGCGACGGAGGCUUUCUCGUCAAUGAUCAUCUGAAGAUCAAGUUCGGACUGAGACCGCUGCUCGAGUAGAAAGAGUAGCGUGUAACGAGCGUACGUGGUCCAAUGAUGACCCUUCGAAUGCAGGCAAGAUUCGAAACAAAUGUGUGGUUCACAUUUCGAAAAAUGUGACAUUAUUGUUUUUAUUUCCUUUUUAUUAUUUUGACUAUAAUGUAACCAGGAGGUUCUGAGUUUUGUUCGAUGUGAUUUUCCGUAUGUUUCGUGUUCAAAUAUAUGGAGUAGAAGCUUAA